CAUGUAGUUGCAACAUCGUAUCAAAAAGACCGUGUCCUCACUGCAGUAAGCAGCGAGUGGAUAGUGUUCAAUCAUUUUUGGACUUAGUGUUUUUUCUUUACCUGGGAGAAAUAUCUUUGGAAUAUACAUGCAGUCUUCGAGCUCAACAGAGAAAUGCGCUGCUAGUCUGGAAAAGACUGCUAGAUGUUGAGCUCUCUGUUUGCUGUAUGAGGGACACAACCGCACAGAUGGAGUCGAGGGUUCCCCACCACAUCCCCGGAGUGUCUUCCUCCAUUAUAUCCCAGCCGUUGCUGGACAGUAGGGUUCCGUAUGGAAGGCUACAGCACCCGCUCACCAUCUUCCCAAUUGACCAGAUGAAGUCCUCUCAUGUGGAAAACGACUAUAUUGACAGUCCCGCUGUGGUCUCCCAGCAACCCCUCAACCAGAAGGCUGUCAACAGGGGGCCCCAUGAGGCACUGCUAGGGGCCCCCCACCUCCCCCAACUGGCGCGCUGCAACCCUCACAACGCCACCACACACCCCUGGAUAACCUUCAGCGGGCGGCCCAGCUCCAUCAGCAGCAGCAGCAGCACCUCGUCAGACCAGAGGCUGCUGGACCACGCAGCCCCCACCCCCGUGGUGGACCACAGCUCCACCGUAGUCACCACCAGGACCCCCUGCUGCGAGCCCAAGGCGCUCACCUCAAAGAUCCUGGAUCUAAAGACUGCUGCCCAGGGAGCCCCAACGGUUGACAAGAAGCACAUGCUGCUGUGUGAGAUUUGUGGGAAGUGCCGGUGCACGGAGUGCACCCUGCCCCGGACCCUGCCCUCGUGCUGGGUGUGUAACCAGGAGUGCCUGUGCUCAGUGCAGAGCCUGGUGGACUCAGCCACCUGCAUGUGCCUGGUCAAGGCCAUUUUCUACCACUGCACCGAGGACGAGGAUGAUGAGGGCUCUUGCGCCGACCGCCCGUGCUCCUGCCACCAGUCUAACUGCUGUGCGCGCUGGUCCUUCAUGGCAGCCAUGUCCCUGGUGCUGCCCUGUCUGGUGUGCUACCUGCCCACCAUGGGCUGUGUCAAACUGUCGCAGAAGUGCUACGACAAAACCAGCCGCCCAGGCUGCCGCUGCAAGAACUUCCAGCAGGCCUGUAAGAGCAUGGAGGCCAAGGCUGCAGGCCAGGAAAAACAGGCCUCAUGAUAGUCAUUGGCUGUUGCCUUAUCAAUACCCUCUGGAUAGGACAAUCGCCCCAACCCCUACCCGCUGGAUGACUUCCAAAAAACCAUGGUACUUACAAAAGGGUUUACACUUGUCCUUCUUGGUUCGAGUGAUGUUAUUCCACACAAGUCAGAAUAGGUCUGUCUGCUCAAUUGGUUGUCCUAGACAACUGCUUGCCUCAGAACCCAUCUUUAUAAGUAUAACAGACUGGCAGAUUUUGUUUCUAAAAUGGCUGAAGGCACAAUUCAUUAUCCCUCUAUACUGCUCUGAAUUUCCAGCUUCAUCAUAGCUAGCUACUCUAUGACACAUUGGACCCCAGUUGUUGUUCUCCUAAAAAAAAAGAAAAAAAGAAGCCUGCUCCAAAGCAGUUUCCCUCUGUUUAUGCAAACUGUUGAUUUCCUUUUGGGUAGUAAAGGAUACUUCAACUGAAACAGCCACCCACUCUCCCCCAUAUAUGAAAAGUUUCAGUUCCAUACAAGCCUUCCUGUUGCUAGCUUGAUGUUGAGCUCGUUAUGUCAAGGUGGAAAAGUGAGAGGUAAAGUCGUGUGGCUUUGCCCGUCUGAUAUGUAAAGGUCAUACCACAACUGAGAAAAAAAUAGUGUUUAGGAUUGCCUGACUUGAUCACUUUCCAUUUCUUUGAGGGGAUUUUUUAAACCUAGCUUUUACCAAUCACUUCAGAAUAAUUGCACGUCAUGCCCUGCAUGAUGUGACGUAGUGGUUAACCCCAGUGCUCGAGGUGGAUGUGUUGUAGAAAAACCUCCUCAGGGAUUGUUCCUCAUCAGUAGAAUUUGGUCUAGCACGUAAAAACUGCCAUUAGCCUAGUUGACUUCACUUUGCACAAGAGGCAAAGAACAGUUUAAAAAGGGCAAAAGGGCAAUUGUGAAUUAUUUAGGAAGAGGAAGUUAAGAGAGGAAAUGAAGGGAAAAUACAGUUUUCGGAAAAAAAGGUGCUAUCCAGAACCUAAAAGGGUUUUUCGGCUGUCCCCAAAGGAGAACCCUUUGAAGAACCC